CAGCAGCCGUGUGGAGAACAGAACGAGACCACGAGAGACGACGAGACGACAUUUACUGGACAUCCUGAAGAAGCAGGAAGAACAGAUUUGUCAAAGGUCAAAGGAGAGAUGUUACGGGCUCACGAUGUUCAGGUUCAGUCCUAAUUUCUAGUUUGACCUUUGAGUUUAAUCCAGUUCAGCGUUUAGAUGUCGUUUAGUGGCGGAGCUUAAAAAUCCAUUUGUGUGGUUUCUUGUGUGGACGUUGUUUUGGAUUCUUCGUGGUUGUUUUUGCGUUUCUGUGGACAUUUCGGGAUCAUGGUGGCGUUAAGGAACUUUUAAGCAUCGACGGUGGUUUGCUCGUGCUGGAUCGGGACCGCCGCCGGUUUGGAGAUGGAGUUGUGGAGACAGUGUGCCGGCUGGUUAAUUCAGUGCCGGGUGCUUCCUGACAACCACAGAGUGACCUGGGACAGCGCACAGGUGUGUGAACUGGCUCAUGCGCUGAGAGACGGAGUUUUACUGUGUCAGCUGCUCAAUAACCUCCUGCCACAGUCGGUCAACCUGCGGCAGAUUAACCUCCGACCCCAGAUGUCACAGUUUUUAUGUCUGAAGAACAUCAGGACCUUCUUGAGCGUCUGUCUGGAGAAGUUUGGCAUGAGGAAGAACGAGAUAUUCGAGGCCUUUGACCUCUUUGAUGUCCGAGACUUCGGAAAGGUGAUUGACACGUUAUCCACCCUGUCACACACAUCACUGGCCAUGCAGAGAGGAUUCCGACCUUUUCCAGAUGUACUGUGUGUUGGAGAUGAUGAUAUCUACACCGGCCUGUCAGACCAUAUCGAUGAUACUGUUGAGGAAGACGAUGAUCUCUAUGACUGUGUAGAGGAAGAAGAGAAUGAAGGAGACGACAUUUAUGAAGAUCUGAUGAGAACAGAAGAACCAGAAACACAGCAGAAAGCUGAAGUGGACAGGAGGAGUUGUUGUCUUCAGGAAAUCAGACAGACAGAAGAGAAAUACACCAAUACACUGGAAUCAAUCCUGCAGCACUUUCUGAAACCAUUGCAGCCGUUCCUGCAGCCAGUUGAUGUUGAUAACAUCUUUAUUAAUAUUGAAGAUCUAGCAAACACACAUCGUUCUCUGUUUCAUGAGGUUCAAGAUUCUAUUCUGCAUUUGGGAGCAGAAAACCUUUUCCAGAUCUUCAUUGACUACAAGGAAAGGUUGUUGUUAUAUGGACGUUACUGUAGUCAGGUAGAAGCCGCCACCAAACACCUGGACAAAAUCACCGGCUCCAGAGAAGACGUGAAAAUGAAGCUAGAGGAGUGUUCAAAGAGAGCGAACAGCGGUAGAUUUACUCUCAGAGAUCUGCUCAUGGUGCCAAUGCAGAGAGUCCUCAAAUAUCAUUUACUGCUGCAGGAGCUGGUGAAACACACGGUGGACCAACAAGCGAAAGACAACUUGCGUAUGGCACUGGACGCCAUGAGGGAUCUUGCUCAGUGUGUGAACGAGGUGAAGAGAGACAAUGAAAUAAUUCGACAAAUCACAACAUUUCAGAUUUGCAUCGAGAACAUGACUCAGUCUCUGGCAUUGUUCGGACGUCCCAAAAUAGAUGGAGAGUUUAAGAUCUGCAGCCCUGAGAAGAAAUCCAAACAGGACAGAUACGGGUUCCUCUUCGAUAAAGCUCUGUUUGUGUGUAAGAAGCGCAGUGGAGAGAGUAUGGAGCUGAAGGAGCUGAUUGAACUUCAACAUUAUCAGCUACGAGACGAACCGUCUGGAGAGAAAGACAACAAGAAGUGGACGCACAGUUUCCUGCUGAUGGACUUGUACGGUCAGGGCGGAUACGAUCUGUACUUUAAGACUCGAGAACUGAAGAAGAAAUGGCUGGAGCAGUUUGAGAUGGCACUAUCCAACAUGUGUCCAGAAAACAGCACUGCAAAUGGUCAUGACUUCCAGAUGCACUGCUUUGAAGAAACCACCUCGUGCAAAUCCUGUCAAAUGCUCCUCAGGGGAAUCUUCUUUCAGGGCUAUCGCUGCUCUCGCUGUAAGAUGGCCGCUCAUAAAGAGUGUUUGGGACGAGUUCCAGCGUGCGGACGAAACUCUGAAAACUCAGGAACUCUGAAGAAGAGUAAAACAAUGAGAGCAGCAGCUCAAAGACCAAAACCAGGACUGCCAAAGAUGGAGGUUUGUGUGGAUUAUUAUGGGCUGCCCCCGCCCCCUGUAGCGUUUGGCCAACCACUACAGCUGUCUGUUGGUGAUGUCAUAGAGCUGAACCGUGCUGAGGUCAACUUACAGUGGUGGGAGGGCAGGAAUCUGACGGUUGGUGAGGUGGGCUGGUUUCCCUGCAGUAAAGUUCAGCCCUUUGUCCCGGUGCCCACUCCAGAUUUAACGGGACUUCCCUGGUUUGCGGGUAAUAUGGACCGGGGCGGUGCUAAAACUCUUCUGACGUCCCGAUCAGAUGGAACAUUUCUGGUGCGACAGAAAGAUGCUGGAGAAUUCGCCAUCAGCCUCAAGUUCAACAUGGACACAAGACACAUAAAAGUGACAUAUUCUGAGGGACUGUACAGAAUUAACGAGAAGAAAGCUUUCAAGGGGCUGUUCGAGUUGGUUCAGUAUUAUCAGGAGAAUUCACUGAGAGAGUGUUUCAAAGAUGUCGACUCGAGACUUCAUACUCCAUACAAACAACCUGAACAGAGCAAGGCAGUACACACCAACACACACAGCACAGGUGUGAGCGAGCGGUAUCACGGCACAGCUAAAGUGCGCUAUGACUUCUCCGCGCGGGACCGAACUGAACUGUCUCUGAGAGAGGGAGACACCGUCAAAAUCAUCUCCAAGAAAGCUCACAACGGCUGGUGGAGAGGAGAGGUGUACGGCAGGGUGGGACUGUUUCCUGCUAACUAUGUGGAGGAGGAGCAUUCUGAUUACUGCUGACCAAUCAGAUCAACGCCUUUAUGAAGCAGAAUACAGAAGUUUGAGUUAAUCACACAAUAACACUCAUUACAGCUGAUGUGCACCUCACAAUACUGAAGCAUUGUACAGGACUGAUGAGCUCAUGACUGUACAUUAAUCAUGUUUCAUUCAUCUCAAGUGAUUCAACUGUGGAAUAAUUAAUAUUAUUAAUGUGUUAACCUGUUUUUGGAAAGAUAUCGAGUCUGUAGUGGAUGUAAUAAGAUGUUCAUUAAAAA